AGUAAGAGCGAGAUAAGAGACGUUUUUGUCCUCACUCUUCUCGCUCCAUUUCUCCUCUCGCUACUGUUUUUUCCUUUUCUUUCUGAAAUGGGAUGUGGAAAUUCCUCUCCAGCCAAACACAUGACUAACAACAACAGCAGCAGCAACCGCAGCAGAGAUCCUGCUGAGUUUUCAUCAAAGCUAUCAGUUGAGUCAGUGCCAGAAGAUGACAAACGGAAGAACUAUGGAGGUGUGUACGUGGGGUUGCCUACAGACCUGAGCAGCAUACCCCAAGUCCAGAUUGGCUCACUCAGAGGUCUUAAAUGGUUUCACAUAGUCCUACACCUCUACAGUUUAUUCUUCUGGUUUAAGGACAAACUGCACCCUUCUGAUGAGGUAUGCAAGUCUUCAGCUAUCAGUUCUUUGGGAAUCACCUAG